AUGGACGUGGUCCUGGUGGUGGAUGUUCUGUCCGCUGUGGGUGUUCUGUCCGCUGUGGGUGUUCUGUCCGCUGUGGGUGUUCUGUCCGCUGUGGGUGUUCUGUCCGCUGUGGGUGUUCUGUCCGCUGUGGGUGUUCUGUCCGCUGUGGGUGUUGUGUCCGCUGUGGGUGUUCUGUCCGCUGUGGGUGUUCUGUCCGCUGUGGGUGUUCUGUCCGCUGUGGGUGUUGUGUCCGCUGUGGGUGUUCUGUCCGCUGUGGGUGUUCUGUCCGCUGUGGGUGUUGUGUCCGCUGUGGGUGUUCUGUCCGCUGUGGGUGUUCUGUCCGCUGUGGGUGUUCUGUCCGCUGUGGGUGUUCUGUCCGCUGUGGGUGUUCUGUCCGCUGUGGGUGUUCUGUCCGCUGUGGGUGUUCUGUCCGCUGUGGGUGUUCUGUCCGCUGUGGGUGUUCUGUCCGCUGUGGGUGUUCUGUCCGCUGUGGGUGUUCUGUCCGCUGUGGGUGUUCUGUCCGCUGUGGGUGUUCUGUCCGCUGUGGGUGUUCUGUCCGCUGUGGGUGUUCUGUCCGCUGUGGGUGUUCUGUCCGCUGUGGGUGUUCUGUCCGCUGUGGGUGUUCUGUCCGCUGUGGGUGUUCUGUCCGCUGUGGGUGUUCUGUCCGCUGUGGGUGUUCUGUCCGCUGUGGGUGUUCUGUCCGCUGUGGGUGUUCUGUCCGCUGUGGGUGUUGUGUCCGCUGUGGGUGUUGUGUCCGCUGUGGGUGUUGUGUCCGCUGUGGGUGUUGUGUCCGCUGUGGGUGUUGUGUCCGCUGUGGGUGUUGUGUCCGCUGUGGGUGUUGUGUCCGCUGUGGGUGUUGUGUCCGCUGUGGGUGUUGUGUCCGCUGUGGGUGUUGUGUCCGCUGUGGGUGUUGUGUCCGCUGUGGGUGUUGUGUCCGCUGUGGGUGUUGUGUCCGCUGUGGGUGUUGUGUCCGCUGUGGGUGUUCUGUCCGCUGUGGGUGUUGUGUCCGCUGUGGGUGUUGUGUCCGCUGUGGGUGUUGUGUCCGCUGUGGGUGUUGUGUCCGCUGUGGGUGUUGUGUCCGCUGUGGGUGUUGUGUCCGCUGUGGGUGUUGUGUCCGCUGUGGGUGUUGUGUCCGCUGUGGGUGUUGUGUCCGCUGUGGGUGUUCUGUCCGCUGUGGGUGUUCUGUCCGCUGUGGGUGUUCUGUCCGCUGUGGGUGUUCUGUCCGCUGUGGGUGUUGUGUCCGCUGUGGGUGUUGUGUCCGCUGUGGGUGUUCUGUCCGCUGUGGGUGUUCUGUCCGCUGUGGGUGUUCUGUCCGCUGUGGGUGUUGUGUCCGCUGUGGGUGUUGUGUCCGCUGUGGGUGUUGUGUCCGCUGUGGGUGUUGUGUCCGCUGUGGGUGUUCUGUCCGCUGUGGUUGUUCUGUCCGCUGUGGGUGUUCUGUCCGCUGUGGGUGUUCUGUCCGCUGUGGGUGUUCUGUCCGCUGUGGGUGUUCUGUCCGCUGUGGGUGUUCUGUCCGCUGUGGGUGUUCUGUCCGCUGUGGGUGUUCUGUCCGCUGUGGGUGUUCUGUCCGCUGUGGGUGUUCUGUCCGCUGUGGGUGUUCUGUCCGCUGUGGGUGUUCUGUCCGCUGUGGGUGUUCUGUCCGCUGUGGGUGUUCUGUCCGCUGUGGGUGUUCUGUCCGCUGUGGGUGUUCUGUCCGCUGUGGGUGUUCUGUCCGCUGUGGGUGUUCUGUCCGCUGUGGGUGUUCUGUCCGCUGUGGGUGUUCCACUGCAACUGCUCCAUGUCCCCUACGCACACCCCCCACCGCCACCCCUUCCACCCUUUCAUGCCCACCCCCUCACUCCCCCUUCCAGGUGGGUGUUCUGUCCAUUGUGGGUGUUUCAUGGUGCGCUCUCCUGCUGCAACUGCUCCAUGCCCGCGCCCAGCUCGCCCCACGACCGCCAACCCAACCCUUUCUUCCACACCCCCCUUUUCCUUUCCGUUUUCUCGCGCCCCACACCUUCCACCCUCCCUUCUGUACCACUCUUGACGCAGGUGGGUGUUCUGUCCGCUGUGGGUGUUCCAUGGAUGUGCAUGGCGCUGAUGCCGGGGGAAGAUGACAACAUGACAGAUGAGGCUCUGUGGGAGACAUUGCCGCACUUUGCAGUGGCGGUGUCAAUGAUAUUCUUCAUGGCAGCAACCGUGUUCUCUGUGCUCAAGCUUAAUGAGGUGGGGGGGCAUCUACUGAAAGCCGGGGUGAUAGUAUUCCAAGUGCUGCUCUGCAUGCGUCUCGAAGGCCAGCCCAACUGGGCGGCACACAUGUCCUAUUGGAUGCUCUUUUCGCCACUCCUCGUCGUCCAGCUGGCGGCGCUGAUGUCAGCGCUGACCCAGCUCGCGGAGGGCGUGCUGUUGUUGUACGCGCCCGAGACCGGGCGGCGGUUUUCGGCGGUAGUGAAGGAGCAUGAUCCGUUUAUGUUUGUGACGCGGGGGAUGCGGCUGGCAGGGUGGUGGUGGCGGGAUGAUGAAAUAAGGGAAGAGCAGAAGAGCCUCACUGCCUCACUGUUUCCCGGCACAUAUGAUACAUUCGAGGCAGUACCCCCCGAUCACAUAAAGCGCAUGAGGAAAGGUCAAUUAGCAGAGGAGGUGGUGCGGCUGCAGGCAGCGCUGGCGGAGCAGGUGGAGACGGGCAAGGCGCAGCGGCAGGAGCUGGAGCGAGUGCAGCAGGAGAAGGUGCUGUGCCGCGUGUGCUUCGAGCGUGAAAUCAGCCUCGUGCUGCUGCCCUGCCGCCACCGCGUGCUCUGCCAUCCCUGUGCAGACAAGUGUCGGCAGUGUCCCAUAUGCCGGCGGCAUAUUGCAGACCGCAUGGCCGUGUUUGACGUGUGA